CGAUGGUUCUGAUCGAAUGCCUUCUUAAGGUCGACAACAAUGCGCCGCCUAGAGUUCGCAGUGUCGUGUCACAGGCUCAUGUGAUAGGCUCAUCUUAUUCGUUGUUGAUCAGUGUAAUUGUUCAGGAUGACGUCCUACAGGCCCAUUGAUCGCCGGCCCAAAUCUACCCUGAUCACCUCAGUCUAUGAUUUGGCCGCUGGGCUGGCACCACAUUCUAACCUGGCACGUGAUAUUCAGCGUCACUAUGAUCUCGAACGUCACAGAAAGUACAACGCAAAAUGUGAGAUGCCGGACACGAAGUUCACAUACUGGCGGAAGGAUAUGGCACGGAAUAAACAGGUUUACGAACGAUACCCGUUGACAACUUCGAGAUACGACUUCCUGAUGCCGCAUGUUCCCCUCCGCCGUAAGAAGCCACAGGUUUGGUACAAGCAUUACCACAAGGGCAUAGACAACAUUUUCGACCUUCCUUAUAAAGCUCUUUAUUAGACAGUACGUUUCGCCCAGGUUACUGCACUCCAAACGUGCUAUUCCAUACAGGACACUAUAGAAAACAUGUUUGACCACAUUGUACUGUAUAUAAUAUAUAAAUUCCGAUUAUAUUACGCUCAUACAUGACUAUUUCUGCAGUAAUUGAAUAAAUAU